AUGAAGUAUAUUCUUAUACUUGUUUUGCUAGCAUUAUCAUUUAAAGAUGUUUUUGGUGGCGCACUUUUGAUUCCUGGGAUUGACCCAGCUAGUACAACAACAAAAAAGCCUUGGACUACUAAGAUUAAAAAUGGAUUGGGUACAAUAUUUCAAGGAGCAGCAGCAGCGAGUGUUUUACAACAAGCUAUUCAUAAUGGAAAAAGCUCCAAACAGCAUAAUAUUGAUUCUAAAGCUCAUAAAAUAAAUAAUUAA